AUGACACAUUACGAAACCGAGAAUCACGGGGCAGGCUCUGUCUCCCAUACAGUCUCAGCCUCCAUCAACCACGAUAAUCACCAGGAGCAACACACUUCCUCCUCCUCCUCGUCCUCAAGAGAACGCUGCCGCGCCUCCAUCGAGCUCCAGCUCACGACCAUCGCCACCCACAUCCGCCAAAACCACCUCCGCCCUCUCCAGUGGACCUGCUGCCAGUGCACCAAACGCCAGCAGUACCGCGCCGAGGCCGCCGAUGUGAUGAACAGCUUCCGAUGCAUCGACCCGUCGUGCGGCAUCUCCGAGAAGGGGUUCCGGCUGUAUCGCGUGCACGACAUGUGCGGUGGAUGCCAGGUGUUGGUGGACGAGCGGGCGACGACCACGCGGCGGGAGCUGAAGAGGAAGAGGGAAGAGGUCCGGGGACGGUUGAGGAGGUUGAAGAAGGAGUGGGAGAAUCUUGAUCAGCUGAUUGGAUUUGAUGAGCAGGAGGCGUGGAGGAUUGAGAGGGGGCUGGAAGUGAAGGAGGAGAGGGAGGAGGAGGAAAGGAGGGAGAGGGUGAGGAGGGAGAUGCUGGAGAGGGACAAGGAGAAGGACGAGUAUGAGAUCUACUUGGAUUAUGAGGGGGGAGAAGAGAGUGACGAGGGUCUCAAGCCUCGAAGGAAGCAGAAAUUCAAGGACUUGUUGAAGAAAGGCAAGAUCCGGACUCUAAUGUCGAUAAGAAAUUGA